AUGGUACCUGAAGAGGUCUUAUGCAUCGAUGAAAGUGUUGUACCAUUUAUAGGAAAACGACAAUAUUUAAAAAAUAAAACACAUCGUUACGGCAUUAAAAUUUUUAAGCUUUGUGCAAAAGAUUUCUACACGUUACAGUACAAUAUUUAUGCGGGAAAAGAAGCRGUUCGUGAAACUAAUGUUUCACACAAAAUAGUUUUAAAAUUAUUGAAACMUUAUUUAAAUUUUGGAAGAUGUUUAUUCAUUGAUAAUUGGUAUUCUAGUGUAGAGUUGGCCGAAAAACUUAACUGUGAAAAUACUCAURUGGUCGGAACUUUAAGAGCUAACCGACGUGGUAAUCCACGUGAUGUAAUAAGUAAAAAAUUAAAAAAAGGAGAACUUUUCGCUCAGCAAAGUAAUUCUAAUAUUGUUGUCAUGAAAUGGCGAGAUAAACGUGAUAUAUACUUAAWUACAACUAAACACACUGAUGAAACCAUAGAAAUACGACGAAGAACUGGAGAUAUAAUAAAAAAACCUCUUGUGGUGGAAGAUUAUAACGUUGGAAAAUCUUUUAUAGAUCGUUCAGACCAAAUGGCAUCUUAUUCAAGUCCCUUAAAAAGGUCAAUAAAAUGGUACAGAAAAGAAGCGUUUGAUAUACUUUUGUCAACUUCUGUUGUGAAUGCUCUUUCACUUUAG